GCUCCGCUCGGUGGCGCAGCGCGGCGGCGACUUCCGGCGCCACCAUUUUGUUUUUCACCGCUCGCCAAGGGUACCCGCGUCCUGCCGGGCCCGCCGAACCGAGCCGUUUGUCGGCAUGUUCCCUGUGGCGAGGGCUGCUCUUAGCCUCACCGCUCGUGGCUUUCAGCGUACUGCCGUAAGACAAGCUCAUCGCAAACAUGAGCCUGACUUCCAUGAUAAAUACGGAAACCUGGUACUCCUUGGUGGAACCGCAGUUUUUACAGCUGUCUGGGGAUAUGUGUUAACACAAGCUGGAAUUCAAUGGGGCUUGUCACCUGUUGGCAGAAUCACUCCAAAAGAAUGGAGAGAGUAACAGCCUUUGCUUAUAAUGAACUGGUCUAAACUUUCACUGAAGAAAUGAUCAUAUAAUGGCAUUUGUUUCCUGAUUACCACUUGUACGCGGUGGCAUUCCUGCUCUAAUAAACAUACCUAGAAACCUG